AUGGGAUUUGCUUUAGCAGAGGGCGAAAUAUCGAGUCUCAUGGCGAACUACUCUCAGGACUACCUAGGUAGUUACCGGUCUAUGCCCGGGCUCCCUGAACUGCAGCCGGCUCUUCAAGAUCCACCCUUAUCGGACUGGACGUGGCUCUCACGUGAGGCAUUCCAGGUUCCCAUCCACGGCUUGAUUUCAAGGUUGAUUGACAGAGAUGUGAAUAUCAAGUAG